UCAUCAGCAAUCGACGGCGAGUGAGAGCCCAGAAGGUCCUCAACACCAGGCAUGAAAACACAAGUAAAACCUGCCUGAAGAAUACAGUUUUAGUUAAUAUAAAAGUCUUUAAACCUCUUACUCGGUACCCGUUCGGCUCCGUGUGUCUGCUGCCCGAACAGCACCAUGUUUAUCGCCGCAGAUAAAUCACCGCCCUCAUUCAAAGAUUUCACCCUCGUCAUGCCAGCUGUGGCUGUCGGUAAUGUGGGUCAGCUGGCGGUGGACCUCAUUGUGUCCACUCUCAACAUGAAUCGAGUGGGCUACAUACACACAGACUGUCUCAUCCCGAUGGCUGGGAACAACCCGUACGCCACCUGCAAAGAGGAUGCUGAGGAGAUGCAUACCCCUGGAGAAGUUUAUACAGCGCCAGAACUGAAGCUGGCAGUUCUUCAAAUCAGGGCGCCAAUUAUUCAGACAAAAUCCAAAAAGUUUCGUCAGCUGAUCAUGUCUUGGAUCAAAGCCAGCGGGUUCUCCAGGACUGUAGUUCUGUCCAGCAGCCACGCCUACCAGAGGGAUGACCGCCAGAUGGAAGGCGUUCCUUUGAGGUACCUGAUCACGCCUUCCCUGCUGAAGGUGAGUGCAGAUGCUCUGAAGGAGCUAGGCUGGAGGGAGAUGGAGCGAGUGCCGGCCUUCCCAGGACUGACGGACGCCAACAUGGAGCAACGCCUGUGCAUCCCCGGGGGAGGCAUCACCAAAGGACUGUACACAGACAGCUGUUCAGAGGAUCUUCCGCUGGCUGUGCUGCUACUUUUCUGUUCAGAGGGUGACAACAUCCCAGACGCCUUCACCCUCGUCAACCACCUCAACGACUGGCUCCAUCUGCUGGACAACCCUGGCCAAGAACCCAACAAAUGGAAGAUCCCAACCUCCUGGAGUCUUCUUUUUGGCAGCGGCAUCCCUCCUGCACUGUUCUGAUUCACACUUACUUAGUUUUUUCUAUUCUUGGCUUAUAAUUAGAUUGUGGCAAAGACAUCUUUGCACUUUUCAGUCCUUAGUAAGCUCCUGGCUCACAUCUGCUUAUUGAGUUUUUUUGUGUCUGACAAUACAAUACAGACACAGUCUGAAUUGUAUUGAGUUCAUUUGGUCUGGACCAAUAACUUGGUGACCUCGUAUGAAUUUCCCCACUCUUACUCACAGUUUCCUGUAUUUUGAUAAUGAUCUUUAAACAUACAAAUGUUUCGGUAUGUACAGGACUUGACCCAAACUUGCACUUCUGUAAUACUGUUUAGUAUUACCGCAUUUGAGUGUGUUUUCCAAUAAAAGAUUGUGAUAAUAA